GCAACUGCUCUAACGAAGCUUAUGUCUACGCUUGGCCAAACCUGCGGUCUCCUACAGAGGUCAAAUACCAAUACAUAGCCAGUCUCCGGGGAAACGUUUGUAUUCCUGCGCGUGUCGAAAUCAGAAUCUUUGAAUGUACCCAGAAACAGUAAGGUGCUGAGAUCCGUGUAAACUGUGAAGAUUGAAGGCGGAAGAGUGUAUGUUGCUGCAUGUGUGCUGUGGGUCGUGUUGAAGUGUAGGGUUGGAUUAUUUGCAAUGGCAGUCUACAACAACAGAGACGUUGAAGAUCACAAAAUAAAGGAUGAGGUUGCAGUUGGUGAGGUACAAAUGCCAUCUCACAAUCCACUGAAAAGGAUACGCAACAAACAGCAGCGUGCGACUAUGCUCAUCAAGAAGCUUCGUGAAAAACGGAAACAACGUAAGAAAGACCGCAAGGCCAGGCAGCAGCAGGGCCUUCCCAAGCAGGUUCCAAGGACAAUUGAGAGUAUGCGAGAGCCAGAUGAAACAGCUCUGCCCUUACCCGGUGAAGAAGAUGAAGAGUUGGAAGCUGAUGCAAGAUUAGAUGAGUUCUCCACCUACUUCCAACGUGAAUAUGAACCAAAAGUUCUCAUCACAUUCUCUGAUAAUCCACUAACACGAACCCGUGUGUUUGGACGUGAACUGUGUCGCUGCAUACCUAAUGCGAUCACUCGGUACCGUAACCGAUCUGGUGUGAAGAAGAUGGUUGAGAGUUGCAAACGAGAAGGCUUCUCAGAUCUGAUAGUAAUCAAUGAGGAUCAGCGGCAGCCAAAUGGCCUACUGGUUGUUCACUUACCAGAUGGCCCAACUGCAAAUUUCAAGCUUAGCAAUGUGAAGUUAACCACAGACCUCAAGCGCAACUAUAAGGAAAUAUCACAGCAUAAGCCAGAAGUAAUACUGAACAAUUUCACCACUCGCCUGGGCCACACUGUUGCCAACAUCCUAGGUGUGCUAUUCAAUCCAGACCCUGAGUUCAAAGGCAGGCGUGUCGUCACUUUUCACAACCAGAGAGACUACAUUUUCUUUCGGCACCACAUGUACCAGUACAAGUCUGCCCAGAAGGUGUCCCUACGUGAGUUAGGUCCCCGUUUCACUCUACGACUACGGUGGUUGCAGCAUGGCACCUUCGACACGAAGACUGGAGAGUUUGAGUGGGACAAGACUGGUCGCCGGCACACAUUGGAGGCUUCAAGAAGGAAGUUUUACCUGUAAUCUUUUGUGCCGAAAUGACUGUAUGUGUGCGGAGGGUACUGGCAACGUCCGCACAAAAAAACAGGAUAGAAAUUUACACUAUCAGUGAAAUAAUGUAAACUGUUUAGUACAUACUAUAUGUAAAGCAAGAUUUCCUAUGUGAAACCAUUACAAAGAAUUAGAGCUCAGGAGAAUAAAAACUGAAUGUAUUGGUAUUAA